AUGUAUUUAUUUGUGCGAUAUGUUUGUUUCUAUUCCAAUAUAUUUGGAUAUGAGAAAAAGAAAAUAAUUCCACUUCGAGACAUUACCUCUUUAGAGAAGGCAAGAACGGCAGGAAUCUUUCCAAAUGCCAUAGAGAUUGUAGCAUGGGGGAAAAAGUUUUUUUUUUUUUGCUCAUUUUUAUCUCAAGAUGAGGCUUAUCGACUAAUUGUGGAUGGAUGGAUACAACAUAGUGAACAUGCAAAGUCAUUUUUGAACUCUCGGGAUACUCCAAUAAUACCUAACGGUCCAGAUGGGACAUUGUGUGCUCAACUGGAGGAAAGUGAAACCCCACUUUUGAUAACUUACCCAAAUAUGGACUUUGUGGGAAGAGAUCUUGAGGAGACACCCCCAGAAAUAGAGGAGUCCAGUAAUGAAAUUGUCACUGAAGAUGGAGUUUGCAAUGUAGUCAAUGAAAAGAUUUCAGAAAAUUCAGUAACAAAUAAACUAGAAGAUUCCACUGCUGAAAAAGUAUCACCAGAUGUGUGCACUUCUAUAUGGCAAGUAGAAGACAUGUAUGCUCCAAAAGUACCUGAACAAUUCAAGAUGGUUGGUGAAUCAAAAUUUCCGAUUGAUGUGAAGGAGUUUUUCCAGCUGUUCUUUUCAAAAGAUGCUACCAGUUUUGCUCAAAAUUUUCAUAGAAAGGGUGGAGAUGAAGAUUUUCAAUGUACUCCAUGGAAUGAGGAUAAACAUUUUGGGCAUGUUCGUGAUGCCUCAUUUCGACAUCCUAUUAAAUUUUACUUUGGUUCAAGGUUCACACAUUGUCAAGAAGUGCAAUGGUUCAGGGUGUACAAAAACAGUCAUUUGGUGGUCGAAACAAACACAGCGCGUUAUUUUCCUGGUGAAUAUGUAUGCAAAAUGUAG